AUGUCUCUUCCCGAGAGGCCGGGCGCGACCCCGACAUUCGAGCAGAGAAAUGCCUACCGACACUCGCCCUCGCGGCGCCACCGCCCUGCGGACGUCGAAGCAGGCGGUUAUCGUCCUGUCAUUGCAGGACAGGCACUUCAUCAACGUGGGCCAUCAGCCACCUCUUUCGCCGAGACCAUAACAUCUCCUAAUGCGACCACAGAGAGGCUCCCGCUUUCCCCGUCCCCAGACCACAUUCCGUCCGCCGAACAGUCGUUUCAAAGGAAAAGGAGCCUCAUCAGGCCGGAGCGGAAGAGGAUCGGGAAAGACCAUCCAAAUUAUCACUACAUGAAACAUGCCGCCAACAUGGAAACCCUUCCUUCGUCCACCGGUAAUGAUCCCAUACUCGAGGACCUCGAAGGAACUACAGAACACUCGGUAUCGGCCGCCGGAGACAUUGCCUCGGAGCCCUCUCCGUCGCGGGAACGCCCAGGCAGGCAAACCAGCGGCCAUAUCGAGAAGUCGAGCCGCGAAAAACGGAGACAGCCCGGACGGGGAAAGUCGAGCAAGAUCACCAAGGAAUCGAGGCACCACCGAGCACAGACGGAGCAGAUACGGCCACCAAGCUUCUGGAACGUCUACUGUGCCAUUGUGACAUUCUGGUGCCCCGACUUUAUCCUCAAAUGUUUCGGCAAGGUGUCAAAGGCGCAGCAGCGGGCAUGGAGGGAAAAGAUGGGCCUGAUCAGCAUCAUCUUGUUCAUCAUGGGCUUCGUCGGUUUCUUGACAUUCGGGUUCAACCAGGCGGUCUGCGGAAGCCCUCCUCUCCGGCUGCGGGUCAACGAGGUCACCGAUGGAUUCAUGAUCUUCCACGGGUCAGCCUACAAUCUCGACGACGCCCGUCACCCCGUUGCCGAGGGUAUUCCAAGAAAUUCGAGGGGCGAGCUUCCUGUCAUCGCCUACGACAUCCCUGGGAAUAACGGGGGCAAGGAUGGAAGCUUCCUCUUUCAAAACGUGAAUGGAAAGUGCAAAGGGCUCAUUAACAAGGCUGCAAACUCAGAUGUUCCCAGUAACUCGAACGGGGACCUGGCGUGGUACUUUCCCUGCACCACCUUCAGGCAAGAUGGGUCCACCCAGCCAAACCUUACCAUUCCAUACUACCUUGGAUAUGCCUGCCACACUUCACAGACGGCUCGCAAUGCAUUCUAUCUGGAGCUCAGCGGUGCCGCCGACGUGUACUUCACAUGGGACGAUAUUCGCAACAACUCGCGCAACCUGGUCGUCUAUUCCGGCAAUGUCCUGGACCUAGAUCUCCUCUACUGGUUUAAUGAGUCGCAGGUGUCGAUUCCCAACCGGUUCAAGGAGCUGAGGGACAAGGGCACGCCUGCCAACCAGGCUAUUCGUGGCCGUGAUAUCACCCGGGUUUUCCAGUCCUCGGGUGAUAAGAGGUCUGCCGAAUGCUUCGAGGAAAUCAUCAAAGUAGGCACCGUUGACACCGAUACUGUGGGAUGCAUUGCGUCAAAGGUCGUCCUCUACGUCUCGCUGGUGCUCAUCCUCUCCGUCGUCGUCGCGAGAUUUUCCCUGGCUCUCAUCUUCCAGUGGUUUAUCAGCAAGACCUACGCCGCUGCGAAGACGUCCCAGACGUCCGACAAGAGGAAGCGGAAUCGGCAGAUCGAGGACUGGUCUGAGGACAUCUACCGAGCUCCUAUCCGCAUGCCGGGGGACGUGGGAAGCAGCGUCAAUGGCUCGGACCGCAUAAGCAAGCGCAACUCGUUCCUCCCUACCACGUCGCGCUUCUCGACAGUCUACGGCACCGAUCGCGGAUCUCGCAGGUCCGCCUUGCCCACCACCAUGGCAACCCAGAGCACAGCCGGCCAGCUCCUUCAUCCCAACUCCAUGUACAGGCAAGGGAACGAUAGCCGCAGCAGCUUCCUGAAGUCGGACCCGUACUCUACCAGCGCUAGCCCCACUGACGGACCAGGUCCGGCUGGCUUCAUUCACGAGGCUGUCGUACCCCAGCCGCCUUCUGACUGGAUGCCGUUCGGCUACCCCCUAGCACACACCAUCUGUCUCGUCACGGCGUACUCUGAAGGAGAACUAGGUAUCCGCUCAACCUUGGAUUCGGUGGCCAUGACCGACUACCCCAACAGCCACAAGGUCCUCCUCGUUAUCUGCGACGGCAUCAUCAAGGGCAGGGGCGAGUCCAUGUCGACGCCGGACAUUGUUUUGGGCAUGAUGAAGGACCACACCAUUCUCCCGGAGGAGGUGGCGGCAUUCUCGUACGUGGCAGUUGCUAGCGGAUCGAAGCGCCACAACAUGGCCAAGGUCUACUCGGGCUUCUACGACUACGGCGCCAAGUCCAACAUCCCGCUCGACAAGCAGCAGAGGGUGCCCAUGAUGGUGGUCGUCAAAUGCGGCACUCCCGACGAGGUGAUGAAGUCCAAGCCCGGCAACCGAGGCAAGCGAGACAGCCAGAUCAUCCUCAUGUCCUUCCUCCAGAAGGUCAUGUUUGAUGAACGCAUGACGGAGCUCGAGUUUGAGAUGUUCAACGGCCUGUGGAAGGUAACUGGGAUAUCUCCCGACUUUUAUGAGAUGGUCCUCAUGGUGGACGCCGACACCAACGUCUUCCCCGACAGCCUGACACACAUGAUCUCUGCCAUGGUUAAAGAUCCCGAUAUCAUGGGCCUCUGCGGCGAGACCAAGAUUGCGAACAAGAGAGCUAGCUGGGUCUCGGCCAUCCAAGUCUUUGAAUAUUUCAUCUCGCAUCAUCUCUCCAAAUCCUUCGAGUCGGUCUUCGGAGGUGUCACCUGCCUGCCCGGCUGCUUCUGCAUGUACCGCAUCAAGGCUCCCAAGGGGGCUCAGAACUACUGGGUCCCGAUCCUGGCCAAUCCCGAUGUCGUCGAACACUACUCGGAGAACGUCGUCGACACGCUGCACAAGAAGAACCUUCUGCUGCUCGGCGAAGAUCGAUUCCUGUCUACUCUGAUGUUGCGGACCUUCCCCAAGCGUAAGCAGGUGUUCGUGCCGCAGGCCGUCUGCAAGACGACCGUGCCGGACAGCUUCAGCGUCCUCCUCUCUCAGCGACGACGGUGGAUCAACUCGACCAUCCACAAUCUCAUGGAGCUCGUCCUGGUCAGAGAUCUCUGCGGUACCUUCUGCUUCAGCAUGCAGUUCAUCGUGUUUAUCGAGUUGAUCGGCACCCUGGUACUGCCCGCCGCCAUCGCCUUCACCUUCUAUGUUGUCAUCAUCUCCAUCAUCCACUCGCCACCCCAGAUCAUCCCGCUCGUCCUACUCGGCCUCAUUCUCGGUCUUCCAGCGGUCCUCAUUGUCGUCACUGCCCACUCGUGGUCAUACGUCAUGUGGAUGGCCAUCUACCUGCUCUCCCUGCCAAUAUGGAACUUCGUCUUGCCAGCCUACUCUUUCUGGAAGUUUGACGACUUCUCGUGGGGCGAGACGCGCAAGACGGCUGGCGAGAAGACCAAGAAGGCGGGUAUCGAGUACGAAGGCGAAUUCGACAGCAGCAAGAUCACGAUGAAGCGAUGGGCCGAGUUCGAGCGGGACAGGCGGGCGCGGGCCACUUACUGGGGCCUGAAGGACAACGCGGGAGGCGGCAGUCAUAUUUAUUCUCAGCCUGCUGGCCAUCAGCAUUACGACGAGUACUACUCGGACGCAUAG